UCCAAUAUCAUUGAUUGCAAAUAAUGGCUCUGGUUGAUGUUGAUUCAUGGUUGACGGAAUAUGAAUCGUGUUCCCGUUUAAAUCACACACUACUAUCUCAGCUCAAUGCCAGGGAAGGCAAAAUACACUCAUCGCCCGAUUAUAAUCGCUUGACACUGUCCAUACAAGUGGGCAUUAAACAAUUCGACAGAGAUUUGCAACAAUUGAAAUAUGGACUAAAUGAGGCGUCCAAAAAUAAGAGCAUAACAUUUGAAGAAAUUGAAAGGCGACAACGUCUAUUGGACACCUUACAAUCUGAACGACAAACUUUACAAAAUAAAUAUACAAAUUCGACACGAGAUGAUCGUUCGGCAUUGUUGGAUAGCAAUUGGCCCUCAACGUCGACCACUCGGGCUGGUGACAGUAAUGAUGAUGCAGCUAUCAUCGAUGUAGAGCGAUUGAAACAAGCGCAGAUAGAUAUGAUUGAACAACAAAAUCAGGGCUUGGAAACACUUUCACAGACUUUGGCACGUCAGAGAGCAUUAGCAACACAAUUGGGUCAAGAAGUAGAAGAUCAAAAUGAUAUUUUGGACAACUUGGCCAAUACUAUAGAAAGAGUUGAUACGGGUGUUAAUCGAGAAACACGCAGCAUAUCGUUAAUAAAUCGAAGUGAUAGUAAUACCUGUGGUUAUUGGAUUGUAAUUAUUGUUCUCUUUGUAGCCAUAGUUAUUGUUGCCUUGUGGUAAAAUAACCUAACCUAGCUCUAAGUAUAUUUGUAAUGUCUGUAU